AUGGCUGAACCAGGCGGACAGGCUUCUGUUGAUGGCGAUGAGAAAAGUCCUAUGCUAAAGCAGGGGGAAAGACAAGAAGAAACGUCAGGGUUGAGAUUGCAAGGCAGUCCGGAAGAAAGUAGUAUCGAUGAUGAUCAGCCAGCUCUCUUCAACUUUUAUCUUCUAACUGGGGUAACGGAGACUGUUGGUAUUAUAUGCCUUGUCAUUGUCAUUGCAUGGGUUGCCCAUUUCCGCGGAGGAUUUGCGUGGGACGGUUCUGGGAAAGAAUUCAAUUAUCACCCUGUCUUCAUGGUCGUUGGUCUGGUGUUUCUCUAUGGAAAUGGAGCAAUGGUUUACAGGGUCUUUCGCAAUACUGAAAAGCAGUAUACCAAGCUGGUUCACAUGGUAGUGCAAAUUUUGGCUCUCAUUUUUACAAUUCUUGGAUUGGUGACAGUUUUUGACUUUCACAACAAACAAAAUAUACCCAAUAUGUAUUCAUUGCAUAGCUGGGUAGGUAUAGCAGCAGUGGUGCUCUUUGGUUGCCAGCUGCUAUUUGGAUUUCUUGCAUUCCUGUUUCCAAAGUUCCCAGAGACAUACCGUGCCCAGUAUUUGAUGGUACAUCAGUACUUUGGCUCUGCAGUUUUUGUUAUUGCAGUAGGGAAUUGCCUCUUGGGAAUCACAGAGAAGUUACUAUUUAGUAUAAAGCCAUCAUACCCAAAGUUUGUGACUGAAGGAAUUCUGGCAAAUGUUCUUGGAAUAUUUUUGGUUGUGUUUGGAGGGUUAGUGCUGCAUCUUGUAACACACAAAAGCUACAAAAGAAGGCCAGAUGAUAGAAAAAGCUACUCACAAAUAAACUAGAAUUAUUCAUAAUUAAUUUAUGGUUUAGGUGAAUUUAUGGUAUAUUCACCAUCAUUCCUGGGUUUAUCAAACAUUUAUUGUAUCUAUAAAUUUAUUUGUGGUUAUUUUAUUUUUAACAAAAGAAUUUCGAAAUAACUUGGGGACAAAGUGUUUAGGACAAAUACUGUAUGUUAGAUACAUUAAAUUCCAGGCAAGAGAUUUUGAUUAAUUUUUCAUAAAAACUUCUGUAUCAUCAAUUCUUGUAUAUAAUACCUCUUAAAGACACCUGUUAAUUAUUGCAUAAGAACAAAAUGGUAGAGUAUACCUACAUUGGUAUGACCUGGAUCUCUUCUGCUGGAAAUCGGUUAGUUUUGUAUUAGAAGAAAUGGGUUGCACUGAUUUUCAAGUCAUUGUAUGAUUAAGUAUAAGUAGGUGCACCCCGUAUGGUUAUGCCGCUGGUGUAUUCUAAUAGGAAAAACA